UCUGGAUGACUCUCCACUCAGAAUUCUCCUGAAAAUUGGGUUAAUUUCAGCUCAGAAAAGCAGAAACGAUACCCUUGGUACUGGACUGGAAGAAAACUACGAAGUGAGAGAGCCAUGAAGAUUCAGAAAAAGCUGACUGGCUGCAGCAGGCUGAUGCUUCUGUGUCUUUCUCUGGAGCUGCUGUUGGAAGCUGGGGCUGGGAAUAUUCACUACUCAGUGCCGGAAGAGACAGACAAAGGUUCCUUCGUGGGCAACAUCGCCAAGGACCUAGGGCUGCAACCCCAGGAGCUGGCAGAUCGCGGAGUCCGCAUCGUCUCCAGAGGUAGGAUGCCGCUUUUCGCUCUGAAUCCUAGAAGUGGCAGCUUGAUCACCGCGCGCAGGAUAGACCGGGAGGAGCUCUGCGCUCAGAGCAUGCCGUGUCUCGUGAGUUUUAAUAUCCUUGUUGAGGAUAAAAUGAAGCUUUUUCCUGUUGAAGUAGAAAUAAUUGAUAUUAAUGACAACACUCCCCAAUUCCAGUUAGAGGAACUGGAGUUUCAAAUGAAUGAAAUAACCACUCCAGGUACCAGAAUCUCAUUGCCUUUUGGGCAAGACCUUGAUGUGGGUAUGAACUCACUCCAGAGCUACCAACUCAGCUCUAACCCUCAUUUCUCCCUGGAUGUGCAACAGGGAGCCGAUGGGCCUCAACAUCCAGAGAUGGUGCUGCAGAGUCCCUUAGACAGAGAAGAAGAAGCUGUCCACCACCUCAUCCUCACAGCUUCUGAUGGGGGUGAACCAGUCCGUUCAGGGACCCUCAGAAUUUACAUUCAGGUGGUGGAUGCAAAUGACAAUCCUCCAGCAUUUACUCAGGCACAAUACCAUAUAAAUGUCCCCGAAAACGUGCCGCUGGGUACUCAGCUGCUCAUGGUAAAUGCCACUGACCCUGAUGAGGGAGCCAAUGGGGAAGUAACGUACUCCUUUCACAAUGUAGACCACAGAGUGGCCCAAAUAUUUCAUUUAGAUUCUUACACAGGAGAAAUAUCAAAUAAAGAACCACUAGAUUUCGAAGAAUACAAAAUGUAUUCAAUGGAAGUUCAAGCCCAGGAUGGUGCGGGGCUCAUGGCUAAAGCUAAGGUAUUGAUCAAAGUUUUGGAUGUAAAUGAUAAUACCCCAGAAGUGACCAUCACCUCUGUCACCACUGCAGUUCCAGAAAACUUUCCUCCUGGGACCAUAAUUGCUCUUAUCAGUGUGCAUGACCAGGACUCAGGAGACAAUGGCUACACCACAUGUUUCAUUCCUGGAAAUUUACCCUUUAAAUUGGAAAAGUUAGUUGAUAAUUAUUACCGUUUAGUGACUGAAAGAACACUGGACAGAGAACUUAUCUCUGGGUACAACAUCACAAUAACAGCAAUAGACCAAGGAACUCCAGCUCUAUCUACUGAAACUCACAUUUCACUACUAGUGACAGAUAUCAAUGACAACUCCCCAGUCUUCCAUCAGGACUCCUACUCUGCCUACAUUCCCGAAAACAACCCCAGAGGAGCCUCCAUCUUCUCUGUGAGGGCCCACGACUUGGACAGCAAUGAGAAUGCACAAAUCACUUACUCCCUAAUAGAGGACACUAUCCAGGGGGCACCCCUAUCUGCCUACCUCUCCAUCAACUCCGACACUGGGGUCCUGUAUGCGCUGCGAUCCUUCGACUAUGAGCAGUUCCGGAACUUGCAACUGAAAGUGAUGGCGCGGGACAGUGGGGAUCCGCCCCUCAGCAGCAACGUGUCUCUCAGCCUAUUCGUGCUGGACCAGAACGACAACCCGCCCGAGAUCCUAUACCCCGCCCUCCCCACAGAUGAUUCUACCGGCGUGGAGCUGGCUCCCCGCUCCGCAGAGCCCGGCUACCUGGUGACCAAGGUGGUGGCGGUGGACAGAGACUCGGGCCAGAACGCCUGGCUGUCCUACCGCCUGCUCAAGGCCAGCGAGCCGGGACUCUUCUCGGUGGGUCUGCACACGGGCGAGGUGCGCACGGCGCGAGCCCUGCUGGACAGAGACGCGCUCAAGCAGAGUCUCGUGGUGGCCGUCCAGGACCACGGCCAGCCCCCUCUCUCCGCCACUGUCACGCUCACCGUGGCCGUGGCCGACAGGAUCCCCGACAUCCUGGCCGACCUGGGCAGCCUCGAGCCCUCCGCCAAACCCAACGAUUCGGACCUCACUCUGUACCUGGUGGUGGCGGUGGCCGCGGUCUCCUGCGUCUUCCUGGCCUUCGUCAUCGUGUUGCUGGCGCACAGGCUGCGGCGCUGGCACAAGUCACGCCUGCUGCAGGCUUCAGGAGGCAGCUUGACAGGCAUGCAGAGCUCGCACUUUGUGGGCGUGGACGGGGUUCGGGCUUUCCUGCAGACCUAUUCCCACGAGGUCUCCCUCACUGCAGACUCGCGGAAGAGCCACCUGAUUUUCCCCCAGCCCAACUAUGCGGACACGCUCAUCAGCCAGGAGAGCUGUGAGAAAAAGGAUUUUUUAUCAGCGCCUCAAUCUCUACUCGAAGAAGAAAGAGAAGAAACGUUUUCUCAGCAAGCCCCGCCCAACACGGACUGGCGUUUCUCUCAGGCCCAGAGACCCGGCACCAGCGGCUCCCAAAAUGGCGAUGACACCGGCACCUGGCCCAACAACCAGUUUGACACAGAGAUGCUGCAAGCCAUGAUCUUGGCCUCCGCCAGUGAAGCUGCUGAUGGGAGCUCCACCCUGGGAGGGGGUGCCGGCACCAUGGGAUUGAGCGCCCGCUACGGACCCCAGUUCACCCUGCAGCACGUGCCCGACUACCGCCAGAAUGUCUACAUCCCAGGCAGCAAUGCCACACUGACCAACGCAGCUGGCAAGCGGGAUGGCAAGGCCCCAGCAGGUGGCAAUGGCAACAAGAAGAAGUCGGGCAAGAAGGAGAAGAAGUAAAAUGGAGGCCAGGCCAAGAGCCACAGGGCGGCCUCCCCCCAACCAGCCCAGCUUCUCCUUACCUGUACCCAGGCCUCAGAGUUUCAGGGCUAACCCCCAGAAUACUGGUAGGGGCCAAGGCCAUGCUCCCCUUGGGAAACAGAAACAAGUGCCCAGUCAACACCUACCCCCUUCCCCCCCAGGGGGUUGAAUAUGCAAAAGGAGUUCUGCUGGGAACCCCCAUCCAAUCAAUUGCUGUACCCAUGGGGGUAGUGGGGUUAGUGUAGACACCAAGAACCGUUUGCCACACCCCGUUUAGUUACAGCUGAACUCCUCCAUCUUCCAAAUCAAUCAGGCCCAUCCAUCCCAUGCCUCCCUCCUCCCCACCCCACUCCAACAGUUCCUCUUUCCUGAGUAAGGUGGUUGGGGUGUUGAAGUACCAGGUAACCUACAAGCCUCCUAGUUCUGAAAAGUUGGAAGGGCAUCAUGACCUCUUGGCCUCUCCUUUGAUUCUCAAUCUUCCCCCAAAGCAUGGUUUGGUGCCAGCCCCUUCACCUCCUUCCAGAGCCCAAGAUCAAUGCUCAAGUUUUGGAGGACAUGAUCACCAUCCCCAUGGUACUGAUGCUUGCUGGAUUUAGGGAGGGCAUUUUGCUACCAAGCCUCUUCCCAACGCCCUGGGGACCAGUCUUCUGUUUUGUUUUUCAUUGUUUGACGUUUCCACUGCAUGCCGUGACUUCCCCCACCUCCUCCUCAAACAAGAGACUCCACUGCAUGUUCCAAGACAGUAUGGGGUGGUAAGAUAAAGAAGGGAAGUGUGUGGAUGUGGAUGGUGGGGGCAUGGACAAAGCUUGACACAUCAAGUUAUCAAGGCCUUGGAGGAGGCUCUGUAUGUCCUCAGGGGACUGACAACAUCCUCCAGAUUCCAGCCAUAAACCAAUAACUAGGCUGGACCCUUCCCACUACAUAAUAGGGCUCAGCCCAGGCAGCCAGCUUUGGGCUGAGCUAACAGGACCAAUGGAUUAAACUGGCAUCUCAGUCCAAGGAAGCUCGAAGCAGGUUUAGGACCAGGUCCCCUUGAGAGGUCAGAGGGGCCUCUGUGGGUGCUGGGUACUCCAGAGGUGCCACUGGUGGAAGGGUCAGCGGAGCCCCAGCAGGAAGGGUGGGCCAGCCAGGCCAUUCUUAGUCCCUGGGUUGGGGAGGCAGGGAGCUAGGGCAGGGACCAAAUGAACAGAAAGUCUCAGCCCAGGAUGGGGCUUCUUCAACAGGGCCCCUGCCCUCCUGAAGCCUCAGUCCUUCACCUUGCCAGGUGCCGUUUCUCUUCCGUGAAGGCCACUGCCCAGGUCCCCAGUGCGCCCCCUAGUGGCCAUAGCCUGGUUAAAGUUCCCCAGUGCCUCCUUGUGCAUAGACCUUCUUCUCCCACCCCCUUCUGCCCCUGGGUCCCCGGCCAUCCAGCGGGGCUGCCAGAGAACCCCAGACCUGCCCUUACAGUAGUGUAGCGCCCCCUCCCUCUUUCGGCUGGUGUAGAAUAGCCAGUAGUGUAGUGCGGUGUGCUUUUACGUGAUGGCGGGUGGGCAGCGGGCGGCGGGCUCCGCGCAGCCGUCUGUCCUUGAUCUGCCCGCGGCGGCCCGUGUUGUGUUUUGUGCUGUGUCCACGCGCUAAGGCGACCCCCUCCCCCGUACUGACUUCUCCUAUAAGCGCUUCUCUUCGCAUAGUCACGUAGCUCCCACCCCACCCUCUUCCUGUGUCUCACGCAAGUUUUAUACUCUAAUAUUUAUAUGGCUUUUUUUCUUCGACAAAAAAAUAAUUAAAAGUUUCUUCUGAAAAGCU